AUGAUUAACCGCUCCCGGAUCUCGCUCCUGGGCUUCUUGCUCGCAGCGUCCGCGGCGCGCGCUCAAGCCAAACCUCGAGGCCUCUGGCAGACGAACGGCACGUACAUCAAUAACGCGACCGUCGUCGCCGCGGAUCCCUACGUGCGCUGGGACGCGUCGACCGGCUCGUACUGGGCGUACAGCACCGAAGGCGCGGACGACGGUGGGGGUGCGAUCAAGAACGACUCGAAGAACGUCUGGGCGGAGGAUUGGUGGUGGGCACCAGAGUGCUAUUACAAUGAGAAGACAGGAUGGUACUUUUUGUUCCAUGCCGGCCGGUAUCUCAACUCUACCAAAAUCGCAGAGUACUUCAAGUACCCAGACUUUGAAGAAGCCUCGAAAAUCGGCGUCGCAGUGUCCCGCUCCCCAGCAGGCCCCUUCGCUUCCGUGGCCGACCGGCCCAUCGACUACUACCCCUUCGACCCGACCUACCACGACGUUAACCUGCUCAUGUCCCCGCCCUACCUCACCCCUCCCGCGACGCUCGCGGAGGGCGAGACAGCCCCGUUCGGAACCUACAUUCCCUCCAUCGACCCGAACGUGUUCUUCGAGGACGACGGCUCGAUCUGGCUCUUCUUCUCCCGCAACGCGUACCGCAACUGGGUCUGGAGCGCCCCGCUCGGCAAGUACAUCGAGGAGAGCAACAUCUACGCCGUCCGGCUCGACGACGCGUGGUGGCACGACCCGCACGCCCGCACGCCCCCGCCCGUGAACGCGAGUCUCCCCGGGCCGACGCGCAAGGACGGGUGGGUGCCCGUCAUCGCGUACGCGACGCAGCCGCAGGUGUGGGAGGACGCGCAUGUGGACGACCACGCGGCGAGCGCGGGCACGCUCAAGGACCGGCGGUGGGCGGAGGGGUCGACGACGGUGAAGCGGCACACGUCCGAGGGCGAUGCGGUCUAUUUCUUGACGUACAGCGCGAACAACUACCAAUCGCCCGACUACGGCGUCGGGUACGCGUUCGCGACCUCCGUCACGGGCCCGUACUACAAGAGCGGCUCGAACCCGGUCCUCUCCCAGGACGCGUCUCGUCAGUUCUGCUCCUCUCAACCCGCAUACACGGGCAGCUUACCGAUGGCCUCUUGUCGCAGACUCGGUCUACUCCACGGGCCACGGGUCCAUCGUCGCCUCGAGCGCGAACCCGAACGAGCCUUCUACCCGCACCACGCGCGCCCCUCGCCCGCGGACGACCGCUGCCUCUACACCGCCCGGCUCUUCAUCGAGCCCGACGCGCUCUACCUCGGCUUCGGGCCCGACGCGGGGGAUCUGCGCCUCCCGUCUGGGGUCGUUCCGCUCACCCUGGCCGCGAAACCCGUCGCGAACGGUUCCAGCGCCGGGGUGCGGGAGUUCGAGGUCACAUUGAAGAGCGCGACCGGGGCGGCGUUCGACUUGGGGAGCCCGCUGGGCCGCGUGAGAGCAGAGGUCGUGCAGGGCGGCGGGAACGUCACCGCUCGGAUGGCGAACGGCAGCACGCUCGUUGUCAGCGGCGGGAGCGGGGCUCAGGUCAGGCUUGUGUACGAGCGCGCGCGCUCAAACGUGACGGCGCCGUGGCUUGCGGUAUCGCAAUCUCGAAUAGGAGGGGAUGUUGAGGUCGUCGAGACGACGUGA